AGAUUUCCUGCUUCCGGUGUUGGGGGAGAAAUUGUCCAGGAGGGGCAAACCGUCGUCUUCUUGAGCGUUUAUUAAACUGAAAGAAGAACGGCAGAAAAAAGGAGUUGCGGUAUUAAGUGCCUGGAGGCCAGGAAUGGUUGUUAAGGUGCCAACCUUUCAGCUGGCUCCUUCUGAAGCAUUUUGAUCUGCAACCCCUGCCAGGCAUCUGUCAAAGGUUUCACUUGCUGUUCGCCAUUCGGCACAGCAGGUCGCUUUUCACUGCGGAAUAGAGCGGUCAAAGUGUGGCUUAAGAGAAUUGGCUUUGUCCUGGAUUGUCCAGCUACGUCUAUAUGACGCGUCAUGGCAAGAACUGUACAGCGGGAGCUGUCUACACCUACCAUGAAAAGAAAAAGGACACAGCUGCCUCUGGUUAUGGGACACAGAACGUCCGUUUGAGCAAAGAUGCUGUCAAGGACUUUGAUUGCUGCUGUCUCUCCCUGCAGCCCUGCAAGGACCCUGUUGUGACCCCUGAUGGAUACCUGUAUGAAAAAGAAGCUAUCCUGGAGUAUAUCCUACAUCAGAAAAAGGAAAUUGCCCGGCAAAUGAAGGCCUAUGAAAAACAGAAGAAUGAAAAGAAGGCAGAAAUGGCAGAGUUGAGCAAGGCUGCCAAAGAGUCCCAGGUGAAGAGUUUCCUUGACAAAGAGUUGAGCAUUGUGAGCAAACAUCUCAAUCCCUUUGAUCGUCACUCAGGAGACCCUCAAGCUGGGCCCAGCAGUGGAGAAAAGGCCAAACAGCUACCAAGUUUUUGGAUCCCUUCACUGACGCCUGAGGCCAAGACCAAAGCAAUUCCAAAACCAGACAAGUGCGUGUACUGCCCUAUGAGUAGGAAACCACUGAAGCUGAAAGAUUUGAUCCCAGUGCACUUCACUCCUGUAGAUGCCAGUGUAGAUCGCGUUGGACUAAUCAACCGGCAGGACCGCUACGUGUGUGCUGUCACACGAGACAUGCUCGGAAACUCUGUCCCUUGUGCUGUGCUCCGUCCAUCAGGCUCAGUUGUGACUCUGGAAUGUGUGGAAAAACUUAUCAAGAAGGAUAUGGUUGAUCCAAUGAACGGAGAGAAGUUGACAGACAAAGACAUCAUAGUUUUACAACGGGGUGGCACAGGAUUUGCAGGAUCAGGCGUGGAGCUGGAAGCCAAGAAAUCUCGGCCUGUGAUGCAAGCUUAGAAUAUUCAGAUGGAGAAGAAAGGGAUGAUUCUCCACCUGAUGCUGGCUGCCAUCUGCUAGCUUAAAAAAGCUAAUAUUGCAUAUGAAGAAAGACAGUAUUCUGCAAUUUUGUAAACCAGACUUUCUUAAAAGUUUUUGAAAGAAAGAAUUCUUAACUUGGGAAAUGUGUAAUCAGCAGCUUAUUUUUAGGAAUCAUAAUUUAAUUGUCAAGUUUUUCUAUCUUGGAAAAGAAAAUAGAGGGUGCAGUUCACAUAAUCAAAGGCUCAGUGUAAUUGAAAUUGAUUACUAUUAAAAAACAGUGACAUA